UCCAAUGGGUGGCAUCAUGGUUCAUGGCCUAUAAAUUCUUGUUUGUGUUUAGCUACUCAAAAGCAAAAAGAUUUUGAAAUCAUGAAGAGAUUUGUGAUCACCAUUGUAGUCUCCAUUAUACUUCUGCUAGUUGCAGUUCAAGCCCAAGAUUUCUUCCCUUUUGGUUAUUCUACUUCUGAAGAAACCUCUUUGCUUUCAGAAUCUGAAUUUCCUCAGGAUUUUGAAGACACCAAAUGGUCCUUCGAGACUCAACAGUUUCCCUUGAAAACACGCUUAGAUUCUGGAAGAACCUCCCUGCCUUCAGAAUCUGAAUUUUUUCAAGAUUUUGAAGGCGCCAGUUUGCCCCUCGAGACCCAACAAUCACCUCUGGAAACUCAGUCACGGUUUGAGAAAACCUCUCGGUCUUCAGAAUCUAAAUUUCCUUAUGAUUUUGAAGACACCAAUUUGCCUCUCGAGAUCCAACAGUCACCUCAGGAAACACAGUCACAUUCUGAGAAAACCAUUCUGUCGUCAGAAUCUGGAUUACCUCAAGUUUCUGAAAACACCAAUGAGCCCUUCCAAACCCAACAUUUGCCUCUGGAAAAACAGUCACGUUCUGAGAGAACCUUUCUGUCUUCAGAACCUGAAUUUCCUCAAGUUUCUGAAUACACCUAUGAGCCCUUCCAAACCCAACAGUUGCCUCUGGAAACAGAGUCAAAUUCCGAAAUCCAUUCGCCUCCCAAAUCUCCUGCACCUUUGCCUUCGGAAACACCAUCCCCAUUGCCUCCUCCAAAACGUCCAUGGAGUCCAGAAAAGACAUGUAAAACGAAGUGUACUAUGAAGUGCAUGAGAAAGAAAGUUCCUCUUCUCCAUAACUUAUGCAACAAAGUCUGUAUGAAAAGAUGCAUUCUUCAUUACUCGCAGGUGAUCUACAAUUGUACUAAUCAUUGUGCAGAGUCUAUGCCCAAAAAUUUCAAAUCAGAUAAGAAGAAAGAAGCAGGCUAUGUGAAAUAUUGCUUCCAAAAGUGCAUCAAGAAUUUCUAGGCUGCUGUAAUUUGCUCUAUUAGAUAGUCUGAAAUUUGUACCAAAAAUAAAUGACCUGAGAUUGAUGUUCUCAUUGGUUUAUUGACCAUACAAUAUCUGAGAUUAUUGUUC